AUGGUCGCGCACUCACCCUGGCUGUUUUGGGCCUGCUUGCUCUCCCUGUGCGCCGGGGACAAAGACUCGGAUACCUGCGACGCCUCCUCAGCUGCAGCAGAGCUUUUCGGCCCGCCAGAACAGCGUGAUGACGAGUGGCUACGUUGGAUCUCGCAGCAACGGGAGGUCGCCGAGCCUUUCCGACGGGCCAAAGAGGUCCUUCGAGCUCCCGCCACUGCGCAGGCGGUGGCAUCUGCCUGGAAGGAGGUGCAGCACCUGGGCACCGAAGGAGGGCGCUGCGAGGAGAUCGAAGGGUCGGGUCGCUUCGUCGUCCGCUACCUGGACUAUUGGUCCGAGAUUGCGGCCUCAGCGAAGAAGAUAGAG